CCGAUACUCGGAUGCUCAUUCACGUCACAUCGGAGUGCAGGCCAGUUGCAAGCUCGCGUCAGUGCUAUCGGAACGUUCACUGCCAUGCUACCUGCACUCAUUUGUCUCGCGCUGGUUUCGCUGGCAGCGUGCGGCGAGGGAGCCGUGAAGCGCUGGCUGCCAGACACCAAAUGGGAGACGGGCCGCAACUGGCAGUCUGGGAAGCCGCCCUGCGCCGGACAGAGGGCUUCACUGGGACACGCCCACGGACUAUCCAUCUACCUCGGAUCGGAGGUUCAACUGGGGGCACUGGUUUUCCCGAAGACAGGGGAACUGGUGCUUGACGAAGGCGCUGCCCUCAGCUUCGAAAGCUUUGAGACAGAUGAAGACUGCGUUGGAGAGGCCCAGUUCACGGCCCAGGAGCGCGUCCACUGGUACAACCCGGGCCACUGGGCGCUGCGCCAGUCGUCGCAGCUGCUGCCCGAGCCCGUGGAGAACCGGCCGGACACGGAGCCCCGGCCUCCCGCCGUGCCGGACUCCGAGAUGGUCCCCUGUCCGAGCGACUUCGUGGUGUUCGAGGACGAGCGCUUCCGCGUCGACAUGGACGGACUGUCGCCCAAGGUUCGCGAGGUCCAGAUAGGAGACAGGAUAUACGGAGGCCCCGAGAUGAGCUCGCUACUCAGCAGUGAGGAAGGAAAAUCCAUGUUCAGCGGCGUCGUGACCAGCGGCUCGUCGGACUGCAAAGAACCCGAAGGUUGUGCUUGCGGCAACGACCAGCCCGAGCCCCUGGAACGAAUCUGCCUGCAGCACGCGCCCCUAUGCGCCGAGAAUUUGCCCUGCCAGGACUCCAUCGUCAUGAUAGGAAACUGCUGUCCCAUCUGCGCUUCUGCGUUGCUAAUACAUCCGGGACCAAACUUUGUCUUCGACGAUGUUGUGCAGCUCCUCUUCAAUGGCAUCGUCAAGCCGCAGUACGGAGGACACGUGCAAGCCUACGUGCACAGGACCUACACCGGACUCAUACAGGUCAUCACCGUCGAUCUCGGCAGCACCAACAAUGGGAUGCCCAUAGAGCCAGGAAAAGCUCACAAACUCGCCACUGACAUUUACGAGACGAUCACAGGCAAGGAUGCCGAGCGCUACAGCGUGCUUAGCGCCAGCCUGAGUGGAAGUGAAAAGUGGAACAGCACGCUGGCUGGCGGAAGCGGAGCAUCGCAAGGAGGCUCCGUAGCCGGCAUAGUGCUGGGAGUAUUGUUCGCACUGCUCCUGCUCGCUGGCGCCAUCUACGUCAUCUAUCGACGCUACGGAUUCAGACAUCCGAGGACCUUAUUCAGGGGACGACCUUUGCUGCCCAUGGCCCGUUUCGACGACGGACGCAUUGAGCUAGAACUGGGCACCACACCCCACGACGCCCUGGUGCCAUCCGGAGACGAGCCCAGCUUCGAGAACCCCUUGGCAGGACCCUUUGAGAGCUUUCCUCAUUUUGGCACCAGUGAAAAGCAGGAACCAGGGACUUUUUCAAACCCAGCUUAUGAAGAAACAAAGAGUGAGAAUAGCCAAGAUGAGUUGCAGUGACGCGAAGAACGACAACACACGACAGUGGUAAUGAUAUGUCAACUUUCUUUUUUUGAAACAUAGCAUUUGUGCAUAGCAUUUGUACAGGACAGCUGAACCUUGUUACAAAAAAAAUUUGCAUCCCACACAAAAAUACAUUUGUUUUUAUAUAUGCUGCUAUCCAUCAUAUACCCACGCUCGCAAGAUGCUGAUAUUAGCAAGAAACUAAGAUUUAGAUUGUUAUAUUCAUAUUUGUUGCUACCUAUACCAUGGACUAUGUGCACAAACUGUAUGAGAAAUUAUAGCCUAGGAAACCUUGAAGUUGUCAAGAAGCACUGUUGGUUAUGCAAUAUUAUAGAUCGUAGCAGUCAAUGGUUGUGCCCAAUGAGCUCUUGAUUACUGAAGAGUUAGAGUGCAUUCAAAAUUACAAGUUACCUUCACAACUCAAAGUGAACCUCUGUAGAA